UCAAGUCGCUGGUUUUAGCUGCAAACCAACAUGGAAGGCGGGUUGAUUGCGAUAACUGCGGUUCUAGCCGCACUGGGGUCGCUUAUUUUGUUACUGAUGCUUAUUAUCUUCUUUACGUCCAAGAAUAAAAAAGAUGACAUUGAAAAACAACCAGCGGUAAACGGCAAACACCCAAACGGUAAGCAACCAGAUGAAGAUCGAGUGAUUGAAGUCGAACCAUUAAAACAACCCAAACCCCCAGACGAAGAAAAACAAAAGGAGGUCAAGACGAAAGUAGAAGUGGAAACAUCUUCGAUUCAUUCGUCAUUAUCUUCUUCUUCUUCUACGUCAUCAUCGUCUACGUCAUCAUCGUCUACGUCAUCAUCAUCUACUUCAUCAUCAUCUACGUCAUCAUGCUCCCAGGAUAAAGUAACCACCAUAGAUGAAACAAAUCAAGAAGAAGUUCGAGAACAAAGGGACGAACCUCCGAUUGUAGUUGAAGCUUCUCAACACGAAGCGCCAAAAGAGCAGAAAGAGGAGAAAGAGGAACCGGAGGAAAAAGAGAAAUCGUCAAGUUCGUCGUCGUCAAAAGAAGAAGAUGAACAGCCAGUCAUAGCACCCUCAUCGCCACAAAAACCUGCAACUCCCUGUUCAUCUUCUUCUGACGACAAUGAGGUUGUUCUCGAACCUUCCACAAAGGAAACUUCGUCUUCGUUAUCUUCAGAUACAUUGUUGUCGUCUUCCUCGUCCAGUGAGGAAGAAAACGAGAAGGAAAAAACUGAAGAGAAACCAAUCAAACAAACCUCGGUUUCCAAGAUCGUAGAAAGUUUCGACCAAGCUCAAAAUCCACCUGAGAAACCACUGGUGGCGCCAAAGAGGAGGUCUAGGAAAGACGUUCAUUUUACUUCUGGUUGGAAGAGAAGAGUCACCCUUGACGAUUUAUACAAAGCUGGUGUUGUGGACGAGACAACGUUGGAGCAAAUAGAAGCAGGGAAGAUUGAAGAAUCGAGUAUUGAAAAUUCACUAAAGUUAUAUCUGGUUGGUGAAGAACCGAUUGCCGGCUUGAUAAUGUCCGAUACUGGCGAAAAAAUUUCCAUUUACGAUGCAUGGAAAACCAAAUCUUUAAUACGAAAAGGAAAUGCGAUAAGUCUGCUCGAGGCUCAAGCUGCUACAGGUAGAGUUAUAGAUCCUUGUACUGCACAGAGAAUGUCCGUGCAAGAAGCGAGCGAUAAGGGGUUGAUUGACAAGCAGUUUGAAACAGUGCUAUUACGCGCUGAACGAGCUGUUUAUGGAUACAAAACCAAGCUAAGUACAGAAACUCUAUCUUUGUUCGAAGCCAUGAAACGUGGGCUAGUGGUUGAGAAUCAUGGUAUACGACUUCUUGAAGCUCAGAUCGCUACUGGAGGAAUCGUGGAUCCGAAUGCCAACCACAGGUUACCGGUAGAGGUCGCCUAUGAGCGCGGUUUAUUCGACAAAAGACUGAACGAUAUUUUACAAGACCCGUCCGAUGAUACGAAAGGAUUCUUUGACCCAACCACUCAAGAGAACCUGAGUUACCUGGAACUAAUGAAAAGAUGCGUCAUAGACAAGGACACAGGACUUCGUCUCUUGCCUUUUAGGGUUAAAAAGAAAACAGAUCCAAGACCGCCAAAGAUUGUAUUCCAUUCCGAAUCCAAGAGACCGGUUACCUUACAAGACGUUGUCGAUGCCGAACUAAUUGAUGCGGAAACUGCGGAGCGGUUUGAUACACGGAGGAUGCUGUCGUAUGAAGUUAAAGAUAUGAUCAAGCAACUAAGGGUGUAUGUGGAUGGGAAGCCACCAAUCGCUGGGGUGUUGAAUAGAAGUACAGGUGAAAAGAUGAGCAUACAAGAAGCCAGUAGAGCCGGACUGAUUCGUAAAGGAACAGCUUUCGAAUUAUUAGAAGCUCAAGCCGCUUGUGGGAAGAUUAUCGAUGUGCAGUCAGGCAAGACCGUUACCAUAGAAACCGCUUUAAAAACAGGCCUGAUUGACAGAGAAUACGAAGACGUUGUAUCUAAGGCUGGACAAGCAGUUACUGGAUACCGAGAUCCUUUCAAACACGAAGCUUUGUCGCUUUGUGAGGCGAUGGGAAGACACCAAGUUGUUGAACGACACGGUAUCAGACUUCUGGAAGCUCAGUUGGCAACGGGAGGGAUUAUAGAUCCGAAGAGCCCGGUUCGAAUCAGCGCGGCAGUGGCCUUGAAGCGAGGUUUGAUUGACAGGAACCUUGCCUCACAACUGGACCAGCGUGAAACCUCUAGCUAUGUACACCCGCUAACGGGAGAAAAUCUGAAUUACUCUGUCCUUAUGGAAAGAUGCACAACGUUCGAUGAUAUGCUGUUGUUACCGGUGGAAACUGGAACUGUAACACCGAAUGUUCUCCCGUUUGAACCGAAGCCAUCAGGUCGAAAAAUCCGCGAAAAAAGUCCAAGUCCGUCCAAGCCAGUGGUAAAAGCAAAGCGAAAGAAAAAAUCGUCUAUGAGAGGGAGUCGACCAUCUUCCCCAACAAGCCGUCGUGUUGUGAUCGUUGACCCGAACUCUGGGAACGAGCUCACCGUGCAAGAAGCCCUCAAGUUUAAAUUGAUCGACGAACAAACUGCAGCUCAACUAAUGGCAGAGGAAGGUGACUUUGAGGAGGACGAAGAUGGAAAUGAUUCCUUGCUCGUGCCUGGGACGUCUAAAGAAUCAAAAUAACGUGUUAUAAAACAUUAGUUUAUAGUAGUGUGGGGUAAAACGGGACACCUUUUGUUAUAUUUUCUCGUCUCAUUUAAUAGUAAACAAAGAACAUUCAAAG